ACAGGAUCUCCUUUUUUCUUUGCCCUCGCUCGUAACGUGGAAUGUAAAGAUGUGAUUGGUAUAUAAUGCGACUUUGAAUUGCAUCGUAAAUCGUGCAACAUGGCAUAGCAUUCGUAAGUGCUACUCAAUUCUCGGAGACUCGCUGAAUCCUCAGCUUGGAGUCUUCGAAAAUACGCCACUUUGUUGCCUCAGUUACAAUUCCUCGAGUUUAUUUCACGGAACAGAGUUUUCAAAUUGUGACACAAGUGGAACGAUGGACAUGGGGUCGCAGUGAAAGUUUUCCAGUAAACGUGGGCUCAUCGAAGGCGGAAAAAACAUUGGGAAGGUGCAAAACCGAUAUUAUCAGCACAAGAAAAAGGCGUAUUCGUCGAAAAUACAUGGAAAAUUGAUCGGACGAAAUUACACAGAUAAUAAUGAGGAUGCAAUUAAAACGCUGCACGCGGGGCGCAUGUGUCAAAGUUGGCGCGAAAAGUGGGACGUGUUUCUCGUGUUCCUGCGGAGAAACAGCUGUCUCUAUUCCGCGGCGAAUCCCUUGGCAGCAGGAAAAUUAGGUACGGAUUCCUCUAGUCUCGAUCGGAGAUGCCCGUCACGAAUUAGCAUUUAUAUCACCGUGGUACCGUGCAACGAGGUGGAAAUGGAAUAUCCAGAACGCCGUGAUAGAGACUCGCCCGGUCUUCCUGCCACGAAUUAAUAUGUCCGUGUCUCCUCCAGCUGGAAUCGAUCGUCUUGUAACAGAAACUCGAAGCGGAUUUCUACGCCGAACAGGGGCCCGAUCAACAAGCUGCUCGUUCCUUCGGCUUCUUCUCGACAAAUGGAUUGUACCUGUUUCCUCUGGACGCCUGUUUCAUCAACCACGGCGUCAGCGUUCCGUCUCAAUAAUCAUUGCGGUCUUUCACGUCAUCGCGAGCAAGCGUAAAAUCGUAAUCCAAUUUGUCUGCGGAGGCCGCAACGAGUGAACGAAGGCGACGCGGCCCGGUCGAAUGAAGUCGUCGCGCAUCCCUGGCCUGGGCCGCCCGUUUAAUCAUCAUAAAUUUCGCGAGGAAACCGCAAACCAUCGUUCUCCCUUACGUCCACUUUGUCCCGGGGCCCGUGAGGCCGCUUCAAACGUGUCACGACGUUCCACGCGUGUUUCUCGUCGUGGUUUCACUUUGGACAGCCAUCCACCGCUUCGUUUUUGUCGCGAUGCAGGUGUUAGAAGGCUUGGUUGCACGCAGAUCUUCGUUCGAAGCGGACGUUCUACAGAAAAUUUAUGACCUCCCGAACAUCAUUCUCCGGGACAGGAUCGAUCAAUCAUCUGUGGAAACCAGGACGAAAGACGAAACCAUCGCGACAAUAUCCCGUUGGUAUACCACAUAAGAUGUCCACCGUUCCACUUCCAUGCAGCAAUCAAAGAAGAGUCGGCGUCCAAUCAGACGCAGCUGGUCAAGAAGGGAUCCUAGGAGCGGGCAGAGCGGGUUUGAAAUCUUGGCAGGAGCCAGGGACAAAACAUUCGCCGCGAUGCCGCGGCCAGAACGUAUAAUAAGAGUGUGAUUAGCAUUAUUUACGGCCGGUUAACUAUUAACCCAUAAAUCAACCGGAGGACUACAUUAUCCGACUGGUGUAACCGUGUGUUGGUGCGUGUCUGGUCGUCUCUCUUGGCUCCUCUCUUUCGAACAAGAAAAAUAAGAAAAAGAAGAAGAAGAAGAAGAAAACGGUACCGUACCGAGGUGUGCAGACCUCGUAGAUCGUACGAACGAUAAGCGACGAGGAUUCGUGAGCCGACGAGAAAGGAAAAAGAGGGGUGAAGACGGGGGUGGCAAAGAGGAAAGCUUCGAUGGAAGAAGAAGGGAGAACGGCAGAGGCGGCCAGCCAUCUUCUUGGUGAUUUAGGAGGACGCAGUGUGCCUUCUUUCCUUUAUCAGCCGCUCCUUUCCUUCUUGUCUUCGCUGGAUCUCUCGCGCGAGUUUCUAGCGGAUUACGGUGAAUCAGCUCGACACCCCUUCGUAGACGUGCUCCGAUCGUGCCGCACUUUCGGUACCUGCAGUUUUAAAUUCCUCGGAAUCGAAGAAUUGCCACCGCAAAGAUCUGGCAAGCUCAGAGAAGCUGAUUCCGUGAAAACGGAAAGAAUCCGGGGGCUCCGCUUUAAUCAAGGUCGAAUGUUCAUUCUCCACGUCCACGGUCGGGCUAUCAAAUACAAUCACCGAACGUGCGGCGUCUUUUUCCUUUUCCCGUAGCGACCGGAUGCACAGUCUAACACACACCCUCUUCACCUACCGAAGCCAGAGUCGAUUCGUUCUCGCUCUCACGAAUUGAAUCCAGCCCAGUGGUGGUGAAGCAGUUUCUGGAGGGAAGAUGAAGGAGCGAGAGAAGGUUGCCCUGGCAACGACAGAGGGUUUCUCGACGUUGGUUGCCCGGGCAACCUCUAACCGGCGAUCCCUAAAUAUGCGCCAGCAGGCCAGAAGUGGCGUGAAAGAGGGAGGGAAAAGAGGGUGAGAAGAAGAGGUCGAGCCUGUAAGAAGAGGAAAGGGAGAAUCGGGGUGAGAGAGGAAAGAUCCUCGCCACUGGUUGGCAGAAGGAGCAUACCGGUGGGUUGGUAACUGUUACCGCGGAAGGUGAGGAGACCCAGUUAAUUACUAAAGCGUUUUAAUCGUCGGCAAAGUUCCGACGGCACUCAGGAGUCUGGACCAAAAGGGCUUCGGAGAAUGUGGCGGCUGUGUAAAUUAGGAACUCGCCAGUUUCCCUCUAGACUGUGUACACGAGUUUGUCUACCACGUUCAAGGAGCAAACCGGCAAGUUUUCACGGGGUGGGACGCGCGGUACGCGAAGCAGUCGAAUCUUUAUUCCAAUCGUCUUAUGAGAUUUUUACAUUAUUUUCUUACAAGAAACGAACGAUGCGUUUGGCGGGUCAAUUUCAAUUCAUCGAUCUUCAGAACAUUUAUUGACGUUAAUGAGCAUAUUUAUAAUUCGAUUAAUCAAUAGACAAAACCUCAAAGUGCUAAAAAUAUGCUCACCGUUGAUCCCUCGAUUCACGAAGCAACAAUAUUCGUCAAUGUAUUACUUCGCGCUUGACCCAGCCAAGUUUACGUAAAGGUUAAACAAUUUAUCAAAUUUCUUGUCCAACUUUACUUGCCGGGAAAAGCCAUUACAUCAUUUCCGUAAUACAAAGUAACAAAAUACGAAGCAACAGACGAUGCCAUGGAUCUUCAGUCAGCACAAGAUUGUUGAAAAGCGUCGAAUUCCGGCGUCGAUCGGCGCAAUACGUUCACCUAUUCAUCCAAAUAGACGAGGACACGUCUGUAACCAAGCUAGCCCGACGUCCCGCGUUAAAUAACUUUGCUUAACAAGGUGCUGCCGCCACUGUAAAAAGAUUACGUAAGCGGUAAUGGCCGCCGGCUCCUCCUAAAUUCGAGUACGAAGAGUUCCAGCCACGGAGUGCACCGAGUCGAGAAGCAAGGCGCGAGAAAGAGAGGAUGAUAGAGGCUGAGGGGGAACAGGAAUGGCGAACGGGAAGGAGGAGGAGGUGUAGGAGGAGGGAGAGGAGACACGACGCCCGGUGGCGGGGGUUAAUUUUAAUUUCCUAAUUUUUCCCACCCCGAGGCACAGGUAAUUUCCUCCCCAGAAGAGAAUAGAUGUAAUUACUUAACGCCUCCGAGCUCAGAGCUCCUCUUAUUAAAAGAGGAUCGUGCCCUCGAGGGCUGGAGGGGUGGAAGAUACUCGUCUGGUGGGGGUGGGAGUGGAGUGGUGGAAGCACAACAAUCGUCGGAGAACGAUCGCGAAGAAAGGGAAACGUUGUCGGGCUCGUUCCCUCGAAGAUGAACAACGGCGGAGAUCAAGCUUCAUCGUGCUUUCGAUCGUCUCUGGCUUUCCCAGAAUAUUUCUGCGUCGAUCUCUUCAAGUCUGUAUUCGUGAAAUCCUCCGGAGGACAGUUGCGAGUUGUUUAAUAAAAAAAAAAAAAAAAAAAAGAGAGAAGGUGAAAGAAUAAAGGAAGAGAAAUAAAGGAAGGAGGAUAGUUUUCUGUGGUGAAAAAAAUUUGAACUUUGUAGAAGUGCGCAUCUCGUUGACGGCAUUAGAGGCUAAGGUCGACGCUGCUGCCUAGGCUCCACGACAGGGGUGGUUUGCCGAAUGCUGUGGGGAAGGGAGGAGCCAUCUUGCGGCUGCUUUCAGGGCAGCCACCAAUUGAUUCAUCCCCACUACGGCACCACCAUUACUGCAAGGAAGGGGCGUCGAUUCAAUUCCAGGGCAAAAAAACCGUCUACGAGGCGGAGUUCGCUCCGUAAUCCAUCCGUCCUCAUUGGCCAGGAAUAGAGUGGCACCCGUGAACCCACCAUCUGUCCGACCAAUCCAAAGCCUCUGGGUGGCGACCCAAACCAGUUUUGACUCCGUGGACAGAGGGGAGCCGUUGACUUCACUCUCCAGGCAGAUAGUGCUGUGCCGUUGGCUCGUGCCGUAGUGGUCCUAACACUAACAGGUCCUUGCCAGCAAGGAAUCCCUGGAAUCCGUUCCGUUGCGCGCUCGAAUUCACCCCACGGACUGCCAAAUACACAAAUACGACCCGUGCUCUUCUCUAAUCUCGUCAGCUGAUCGGUGUUUUCGUUGCUGCUGAUUGCGUAACCUGAUGUCCAGGUACGACGACACCGUCACCUCUAAACAGUUUUUAACAAGUGUGAUCGUCGACCAGUGCACCGUGGACUUGUGUUUUCAACGAUGGCCCAGUUUCCCUAGUGACUUUUGCGGUUUGGCGGGUUCAUUCGCAAAAUUGACGGAAACAUGAACAUUCAGGGUGAAGAUUAGAUCCCGGAUGGAAAGUUUGAUUUCGAAAAGACCGACAAUGAGAAAUCGUGGCGUGAAACUGGAGUGUUAGUUACCGAGACUGUACUCGCGAAAGGACUAAAUGGACUCUCGAAAUACGUGUUUCAUGAAAUUCUGCUUGACUAACUUGGUGGGAUUAUAUUUUUUGGGAUUUGGGAGAAAAUCGUCGAGGACUUUGAAUAUUAGAUAAAAGACUGAAGCAUAGAAGCUGAAAAUACUGGCAGGAAGAAUUUACAUGGAAUCCUCGAUGCAAGGAUUCUUUUGAAAGGCAAAAAGGUCGAUUGCCAUUGACGGAAACCUCGAAUCACGCCUUCCGACGGCUGUCGACUUACCACGAGCACGUUCACUCGCAAACACAUUCGCCAUCCUUCCACCUCCACGACUACCGAUCUUCAACAAACAUGAUCAAUCUUGCUGUAUAUAUCUAAAAGGAACCUCUAAAUUCCAUCAAUCUUAAACUUAAAUCUUCCAUGUAAGAUGUAAACAAACGAUUUCUUGGUACAUCAUCGAAAACUUAUCUCACGUGCGUCAUACUCUGAAAUUGAGGUGUCCAGACCUGCAACAACUGUUCUCGUCGAAUGUCAGUUCCCAUGAAGUUGAGGAAACUACGAUCGUCGAAAGUAUAGCGUAUCGAGGAUAGAGUAGAGGGAUAUAGAUGCAAAAUAAGUGAAAUCUCUCCGGUGGAGAGACAGCCAGUCGUCAAGUUGGUCCCAAACAUGGUCCUGGAACCAGGAGGUGGUCUGUCCUUUCCACUGCCUCCUGGUAGCGGCUCUACUGGUUCCGGUGGUUCCCUCCUGACUCCGGCCAGACUGUUUCAGAGGGCGACACCCGUGUUUCCGUUUCAUCUGACAGGAUGGCCACCACAUCAUCCGGUCCUCGGACAGGUUCAAAGCCAGGUACAGCAGACGAUGCAAGCUCAGCAUCAAGCAGCCGCGGCCGCUGUCAGGUUCCUCAGUCAUCAUCAUCCUCAUCAUCCGCAUCCGGCACUAGGGAACCACCCCCUGGUGCCGGCGAUAACUAGCCACCAUCCAACCGCCCAUCAUCUUCAUCACGGUGCCGAUCACGCGGACGAGGAUGACGAGAAGAAAGGCUGCGAUGGUGAAUCGGACGAAGGUGGAAGCAAAAGGCGAAGGAGCAGGACCAACUUUAAUAGCUGGCAACUGGAAGAAUUGGAACGAGCAUUUCUCUCGAGUCAUUAUCCUGAUGUGUUUAUGCGAGAAGCUCUGGCUGUGAGACUCGAGCUGAAAGAGAGCCGCGUGGCCGUAUGGUUCCAAAACAGAAGGGCAAAAUGGAGGAAGAAGGAGCACACGAAGAAGGGUCCAGGAAGGCCGGCGCAUAACGCUCAUCCUCAGAGUUGUAGCGGCGAACCCAUUCCACCUGAAGAGCUGAGAAGAAAGGAGAGGGAAAGGCGGCAGAAGAAAUUGUUGAAAGCUCUUGAACGACAGCAGAGGAAAUUAGCUGCGAAGGGAAUCACCGUGGACCUCUCGACGCUUCGCGCCGAAUGGGAGUCUCGGAGCGCCGCGGCAUCCAGCGGAAAUUCCUUGAACGGCAGCCUAGGAAGCUCGUUCAAUCACUUGACAAACAACAACGAGAGCAGCAGCGUGUCAGGUUCCGGAAACGACGCGAACGAGGAGAUUGACGUGGUGGGUGGUCUGGAUUCUUGCAGCGAGAGCGGCAGCGAGAGAGUCGAUUCGGCUGCGGAUGGCUCUAUCGACGGAGAGUGUUAUCCAAGGCUAGCAAAUACCAGCAACGAGCAAAACGAUGCUCGGAGAUCGGUGAACCAGGUCUCAGGGAGUCUUCAGAGUCCCAACUCCAGCCUGAGCCUCGAUCAUUUGAACCAUCAGCAAGGGAUUCAUCAUUGGGGUCUAAGCCUUCUAGAGAGAAGAAGGGAGCUAGUGAACAUCAACAGUGCAGGUGGACAGCGCCAUACAACGAACAGUAGCAGCAACCCUGGCAGAACAUCCGUCAGGCAACAGACCAACGAAGAAGAGGUCCAAAGCAGUAGCAUAGACUUGUCCGUGAAAGGGAGAGAAGAAAGAAAGAGGCUGAACCCCUUCUCCAUCGACAGUCUCCUGGGCAAUAACAGGACCAGCACCCCUGGAAUCCACAACGAAUACAGAGCCUCGACGCCAACCCUUUCUAACGGAAGGGAGUCGAGCAGCCCCACGUCGCCGAUCUCCGUACCCACUUCGCCAUCCACCACGUAGUGAGUCAAGAAGUCGAAUUCCUUCCAGUCGAGAUUUUCCGGUGACAAACGACGCGAGUUUCGGUGUUAGACAACGAAGUGAUGGGCCAGUUUCGCGAGAACAUUAUCGUGAACAACGAGAAGGCUGAGGUUAGGGAGAUUCACACGUUUAGGACAGUACCCUAUUAUCGCUGUUCGAGGUGGAACAGAAGAGUUCCUAUGAUGGCGAGCCUAGAUCUUUCGUUUCUUAGAAGACUUACCACGGUUUCGUGAUAGGUCGAGCAAGGUUAACAUUGUUUAGUAUCGUUCGAUUGGUCAAGAAGAAAGGAUCUUUAACGAAGGAUGACGAACAGUGAUUCGAUCUACGUUCCACGAUCCAAUUGGAGAUUCCAGAGAGUUUUCGCUGUCGAAGCGUGACUGUUUUCGUCGGUCGCGUGGCUCGAAAGAGACAAAGAGAAAAGCGACGAGUUUUUUGACUGAAUAAAGGGAAGCUUAUAUCAGUUUCGACAUAUCUGCAUCGAGUGCGUGAGUGACGUUGAGUCUAUCCAGGGUGUUCGACUUUCUUCUUUGUCCUGCGUGUUCGAGUGUAGAGAUCGAGACGAGAAUGUGCAAUAAAACAAGCAUCAUCUUCCUCUUUUUCGUUCUAGAACGAUUUUGUUCGGGAGAUAUGGCGGAGGAUGAGAGAUAGAUAGAGAUAGUAGGGAUGCGUGUGCGAGAGAGCGACAGACUGCGCGUGUAUUUAAUGUAAAUAGCUCGAAGUAUGGACGAUUUCAUUUUAUUUAAUUGAUCGUAGUCGAUACCCAAGUGUUCGUCGAGUCGCGGAUAUUAUUUAAAGCAAUAGAGAUUUCGCCUGGUACGCGUGUAUAUAACAUAAAGAAUAAAAGGAAAGUUUUAGACAGUGCGUGAAGGAUGCUGAAAAUAAUGACAAGCGGUACAAAGCUGAAUUGCGGGAUGUUUCUCCUCUUCUUGUUUUUUUUUCUUUUUUCUUUUUGUGUCAUACCAGGGUGCAUUUUGAGUGUGUGUGAGAAAGAGAGGGAUAUCGGAGAUCGAUAAGGGGAUGCGAAGAGGAGAAGAGAAGGACAGCGAAAGAGUGAGAGAGAGAGAGAGAGAGAGAGAGAAGAUGUUACGAGAUGCCAUAAAAUCUGGGAUGCGAGACAGUAUCUACCGUAUAUUCAUUUCAAAUAUAUUAAUUUAUUCUCAACACUA